AUGUUGUGUGGCGAUAUGCUCUUCUCGGGUCAUACUCUGACUAUGGUGACAAGUGCUCUUUGCAUCGCUUACUACCUGCCGACUCGAUGGCGUCUGCUCCAGUGGAUUCCGCACUUCUUUGCCGCCUUUGGAAUGGCUUGUAUGAUCAUCUCGCGGACUCACUACACCAUUGACAUCUUCAUCGCCUACUGGCUGUCAAAUUUUGUUUUCCGGACUUAUCACGCUUUCUGCGAAGUGGACAUUUUUAUGGAGCGGAGGAAAUCUGUACUGUACGGAUUGUGGAUGCUUUGGAUUGUGGAAUGGCUCGAAGAUGAUAUUGUGCCGGGAAAGGUCGAAAACAAGUUCGAAUUUCCACUUGAUGGCCUCCUCCGACUGCUUCUUCGAGAUCAAGCAGUCAAACAUCACAAACAAAUCUCCAUAAGUUCUGCUUCCACGUUCAAUCUGCCAUGA